AUGUAUUCAAAAAGAAAAACUCGAUAUUUGAAAACACAUAAUGUAGUCGACUCCUCAUCCACAAAACCAAAAUCUUCAUGUAACCCCGGAAAAUCAAAUCAUAGCUCGCAAAUUUCAUCCGCGCUGUCUCCGGUCGUUUCUAAUUCAAACAAAUUAACUACCACCCCUACUAAAAAUCAUCAAUCGAUUAAAAAACCAUCGCAAGUGGUGUUCCAAAUUGGUUAUAUACCUUUGGAGGAAUCACCUUAUGAAAGGAUAGUUUAUGUUUGGCUUGUAAUCAACAAAAAUUUGGGUGAUACAUUCUUCUCAACACAAGACAUAUCUUCUGCAGUGGGUGGACUGGAUGGGAUAUUAUUCGAUAACGGUAACGGUGAUAAUAAGUUGAGCUCAAAUAUUAUCGUUGCCAGAUCAACGGUCGUAGAUGAGGUUGAUUCUAAGCUCUAUUAUGAUGUUUCUACGAAGCUUGUUAUAAGCGACGUGUCCGAAAUACUUUCAAAAUCACCAUGGCCAGAAAAAAUUCCAUUUUUUCCUUCCCAAUAUCUAUACAUUACCGAAGAGAUCUUGGAAGAGAAGCCUGAUCCUAAUCUAAAGAAAUACGAGAGUUAUUUGAACGUUUCAUUAGAUAAUAAUGAAGGCGAUUCGUUUGAUUGGAUAGGUGAAAAUCUCGUCUGCCAAGAGUUUGACGGACAGUCACUUUUAUAUAACCAAAGUGAUCCAACAGCUUCAUUACUACUAUCACCGCCACAUGGGUCUGUUAAACAGCCAAAAUGUUCAAAAUGUGGAUCCAAGAGAGUUUUUGAAUUCCAAUUAAUGCCAAAUAUGCUAUGCAUACUUCCAACAGGAGAGUAUGCAGCUAAUAGCUCUGAAAAGAAGAGUGGAAUAGAAGGUAGCAAAUGUGGGAUUGCACAAUUUGAUGUUGGAAUCGAAUGGGGAACAGUAAUGAUUUUUAAGUGUCAAGAAGAUUGUGAAAUAUAUAAUGUUAGCAAAGAUGAAGUAUCUGAAUUGAUUUUGGUACAAUAUGAACUGUAG